UGUACUGACCAAUCAAAAACCACUUAACAAUGGAAAUUUCUGCAUGAUUCUGCGGUUUUUUCUAAACAAAGUAAUAACAGAAAUAUUUAAGAUGGCCGAAUCGGACAAGGAACGUUUUUUGCGACAGGUACAAUCAACUAUAGAUUACUGUGCACGUUUAGGAUCUUCAGAUUCGCUGACACCACAGAUCAUUGACAAUUUGAAAUUAAGGUAACAAAUAUAAAACUAUAAUACAAUACUCCAUACUUAAAAAUGUGUGUUGUUAUGGUAAUAUCAUAUUACAGCUUUAUACAAAAUGAUAUAGUCAUUUACUGUAUAAAGAUGAAAAUUUUUGACAGUGAAGUUGUACUUUUAAUCAAAACUAUUACAAUGUAACUUCAAUCAGAGACCAAACAUUAAGGAAAAUUGAAAGUUAUAAUAAUACUGCUUUACAAUGAAGCUGAUUCUUCAAUAUGAAAGAAAAUGUGGUACGUACAAGAUUAUAAGGAGGAGCAGAAUCAGAAGAAAAUUAACUGAUUUUUGGUGCAACUUUAUAUAGGCGUAUAGUAUCACUAGUAUACUUUUUAAAUUUGCCUAUACAUUCUUUGGGAUAUCAUGUAUUUGGUUCAGGAUGACAUGUUUUUUCUCUCGACUAUACCAUUAUAUUGUUGAUUACUGCGUUGUAGGAUGCUUACAUUAUCUAGAGAUAUAAACAGAGCUGGUGGCAUAUUGAUAUCUGAUGAUGAGAAAAAUGACCUCAUAUCCAUUGUUAAUGAGAUGAACGACGAAAUCGAUAGAACUUCAAAUAAUCAUUUAAGUGCUAGUAGUGAUAUAACAGCAUUCAAAACAAAGAGGACACAUCUUGGAACUGCUGGAGCACCAAAAUUGGAUAUAUCAAAGGAUCAAUUGGUAUUCCUAGCGAAGUACAAAUUUACAGCUCCAUUAAUGGCAGAAACACUUCAAAUAUCAGAAUCCACUAUUCGCAGGAGACUCAGAGAGUUUAACAUAAAGUUAAGGGAAGGAAAGGAAACUAUUAUCUCAAACGAGGAAUUGGAUGAUAAAGUCAUGAACAUAAUUGGAACCAAUAAAAGAAUAGGUCCAAACUCAAUACGGAUUCGUCUUGCCAUGGACAAUACUGAUAUUUCACGCCAACGUGUCAGAGAUGCUUGCCACAGAGUUGAUCCUGUUGGCUGUGCUUUGAGAUCAAUUGAAAGACAAAAUGUUCAUAGGAGGACAUAUAAAGUUGCUGGACCAAAUUCAUUGUGGCAUAUAGAUGGGAACCACAAACUUAUAAGGUGGAAUAUUGUUAUCCAUGGUGGUAUUGAUGGCUACAGUCGCCUUGUUACUUUUUUACAUGCCAGCAAUAAUAACCAGUCAACCACAGUGUAUGAUCUUUUUAUUGAGGCCACUACACAACAUGGAGUUCCUUCCCGUAUCAGAGUGGAUCAUGGCGGUGAAAAUGUAGAUAUAUGCACCUUCAUGGAAGGUUAUCGUGGUACAAAUAGAGGUAGUGCAAUAAAAGGCAAAAGCGCCCAUAACCAAAGAAUUGAAAGAUUAUGGGUUGAUCUUUGGGAGUCUGUAUCUAAUGAAUACUAUGAUUUAUUUUCAUACAUGGAAGAUAUCUACAUGUUAGACAUUACAUGUGCACGCCAAUUGUGGGCAUUCCAAUAUGUUUUUUUACCAAGAAUAAACAAGUCACUUCAAAUGUUUGUAUACCAGCAUAAUCAUCACGGCUUAAGUACAGAGGGAAGCAAAACUCCUUAUCAGUUAUUUAUCAAGGGAGUUUUACAAACAAUAAAUACAAACAAUGUUUCAAUUGCUGACCUGUUGUUACAGGCAGGUAGUAACGACUCUCUAGAACAUAUCACAGAUGACUAUGGAAUAGAGGAUAAUAACUCUGAUCAUGAAGAUAACAGUUUUGAUGAAAUUGAAUUACCACGGAUUCAUAGCCCUUUAGAUGAUGGUGAUAUGCAACAGCUGAGAGACAGGAUAAAUUUAACCGAAGACUAUAAAAACUUAACUCAUGGUAUUCAGUUAUACAAGGAUGUUUUAUUAUUCAUUGAAUCAUUAAAUUCAGAUCAGAGGGAACUUAUACCUUCAGUAACUGAUUAA